GGUGAAUUUCAACAAAGAAGUUCUGCUAAUUGCUACUCGGCUUUUGAAUCCGCGGAUAGCAAUUAACUUGAAGAUUCUGCAGUUAAGUGAAAUCAUAAAAUUUAAUGAGGCUCACAUACAAUCCAUUCAGAAACAUAUUGAAUACACCUGAUCGUUUUUAAAAUCAUCAACUCCCGGAAGAGCCCCAGUUCGCUGCUGUUCCUCUGUAUGUCCAAGAUCUUUUCUUCAAUCGCAGUUAACAGGUUAGCGGUGAGCACACUUGUUAAAUAUUUAUCAUGUAAAGUUUUGAGUGUUAUUUUAAUCUUUGUCAGAUUUCGUUUGAACAGAGAAGUAGUUCAUUUUGACGGAGUAACGCGUUAAAUUUGAGACAGUUUUUUAUUACCUCAUGUUUGCGGUUUUCACCCGUCAUUCAACCUGACAUUAGUCGCUCGGUCAAACGUUAAAAUCUUCCAUAGAUGAUAUGUAAAAUUCGUCAUUAAGGAGUUUCUACGUACAUUUGUGAGACUUUUCCGAGAUUAUCAGAACUUAUAGAUAGGGAAGAAAUAGAGCAAGGUUGUUAAAUCUAAACAGUUUUCUCGGCCAUCUGUUUGACCUAAUGAUUUAUUGGUCUGCUUUACGUUGCAAAGGAACAUGAAAAAGCUCUUGUAAGAGUGGCGAAACUGGCUUCGAGUCUUCAAAACCAUCUAGAUUUGUCUCUUCGUCUCUGAGUGAAGCAGUAAAUGUUUCUAUCAAUUUCCAUCCCAAAUUUUAGAGGUCAAUAUAUUAAUAUUUUCCUUCUUGUCUUGAUUUUCUAUUUCGGUCGUCGGUUGGAUAUUUUCCAGAGGCCAAUUUUGUUUCGCUAGGAUCAAUUUGCGUAACCGACUCAUUGAGAACAAACUAAAUCGUCGAACAGGUGAUGCGAUUUUGUCACCUCAGUUUCAAUUCCUACAAAGCAUUGAUAUAAAUCAUGAUAAUAUUUGUACUAGUCUUUUGCUGCAAAAAAACUAGAAUCUGAUCUCAGUCUGGUUACGAAAUAAAACUGGAGAAGGGAAACGACGAAAGAAGAAUAGGUUUUGAGGUGACGCACGGCGCAAUCAAAUGAAAAGUUUACAUCAAAUGGUGAUAUUAAUAUUAUAAUUUUGCCAGGAGUCGACCCACCACACCAGUCAACGCUUGAAAAUGUUCCGACCAACUAAGCUAUGUCGAUAAAACCAUUUUAAGUUCAAGUUAAGCAGUAAGACUUAUGGUUUGGUUUUCAAUUCGUAGAAUCAAACUUGAAGGAUCUUUAUUUGGGAAAUGAAUUGUUUUGUCUUGGGGGAAGAAAAAGGAACCCUUCUUUAAUUUAUUCCCUUCAUUGUGCGUAAAAGGCAUCUAAAAUCCCGGAAAAUUGAAUGAUGUGACAUCGAAUUUUUUGUUCGUUUUCCAGUUUUUAAAUUUCUGUGAGGUGUCGCUUUUUGUAGUUCAAUUUCCAACAGGUGUAAAUGGCGACGCUGAACCAUUUAUUACAAUAUCGUUUAUUAUUACCAGCCAUGACAUUUUUUAUUAUUCAAAUUACAUACACUGCACAAAGAAACACUGCAUUGAAACCACCAAAGCUGGCUUAACUGUUGACAACACGCAAAAACACCUCAACUAGCUUAAAUAAAAAAUUUAAAAUUCUCAACCUUACCUUUCAAAACAGAUAUUUCCCAAGCAGUUGCUUUCUUGGUGUUUUUAGGAAUUGCAUCAUCGAUAGGGGAAUCAAUGUCUGCAUCUGAAAAAUCGUGAAACUUUGAGUUAGCCGAAGCCAUGGUGUAAUGACGGUGGUGUGUUGAAUUUCAACCACGGCUAUCCCACGAUAAUAACGUCAAGGAGGUUGAUCCGUCACAACCCUGUAUCACGAGGUGCAAUUCAGCCAAUCAGAAAAACGGAAUUCGAACAGUGUCUGAAAGUUGAAUAAUUAGUUGAAUAAUAAAGAUUAGCGUUAAAUACGCCACAUAAUUUACAGAGUUUAGCGACACUGCAAUAGCGCUGCAUUUAUCUUUAAUAGAUUUUUUUAACGGUGUCGGAAGACUCUUGCAGUUGAACUGAGUCUUGUUGGAACUCUUAGCUCAAUUUAAGAAGCUUUUCAUCAGCUUCGAAUUCUCUUCAAAAAGCAUAUCCAGCAUAUAGUUUGUCGAAGUGGUUGAGACCAAUGAGUUAACAAGUCUUUGCGUACGGAGGUCAGUACGGGAUUUCAGAUGUCACCAAUAACCAAUAGUCUGAUGCGUACACGUGUUAUCCAUUCAGCAUAACAUAUGAAUGUAGUGCUGACUUCUAAGUAAAAGUGUGACGAAAUUGCUGUCAAGGUUUCCCUGUAAAAAGAACGGCUAAGAAAUGUACAAAGUUUUAAAACGAACGCGGUGUCCUUUUGUUCUUGUCAUUAGAUCUUCUGUUUUGCUACGAUCUCUUUGCCGUCGCCUUGGUGGUUUUGUUAAACUCUAUAGUAGUAGGGAGUUUAAAUAAAGACGACGGCGACGCCGUAGGCAACGUCAAUUAAAAAAAACUUCUAUCAGUUCUACCUCCGUUUCUCGCGAUACUCUCAAGUCAUUUAGUUUGUUGCUUACUGUCAAAACUAUUUCGCGCAACUGGGUAUGGAACACAGCGUUAAUAGAAAUUUACAAAAUUAGCCAUCGUCGUUCACGUUCUCCGGACGACGCAAAGUUUGGUCAUUUCACGUUGUUUUUGUGCAGGACGCUAAGAAAUUUACAAAGAUUUAUAACGCACGUGCACAGCCAUCGUUCUGCUCAUUCAACCUUCUAUUUAUUGACGUUCUGUUGCCGUUGCCGUCGUGGUUUUCUUCAACUCCCUACUGAAUCUUUAAUGCAGCGGUAUCCUUUGUCGGCGGCAAGGAAGAUCAACAAAUAAUUGUUAUCGACAACGAAGUCGUAGGGGAGCAUUUCGAACACUUAAUGUUUUCUACCACAGACAUCGUGUUACGUGCUUGUAAUACUUUCGAUAUUCUCCUUGCAUGUCCAAUGAAAAAACUAGCACAAUCAAUUCAACAACUGAACGAACUUUAGUUCGUGUAGUGUGAUCGUCCGGGUGAGUGUAGUUCUGAAAAAAACUGUUGUUGGUGACAACAACAGUUCUUUACAGAACUACACUCACCCGGACGAUCACACUACACGAACUACUGAUACUCCUGGGUUCAAACCAUUUACUUUACUGAACGAACUUUAUUUAUCCCUUACCUUUACUACAGUUAAAAAUGUCACAGUAUUUUAAAAUUAUGAAUGUAAGGUGGUAACUGACGGCCCAAAAUAACCUUAAAGCGGGUAAGUUUCUAAAAAAACUGUGGUGCUGCGUCGGUGGGAGAGUGUAUAGCAGGUAAUUUAGUGUUAACAACUGAGUUGAAAACGUAAAUUUGCCGUCAUAAAAAAUAAAAAAGCUGACGUUUCGAGCGUUAGCCCUUCGUCAGAGCCCAAUCGCUAACCUUAGUUGGGUAAAAAUCUCAAGUUGCCUCUUAAUUAUGUAAUUUUGCAGUUUAUGGCCGGUAUAGUUGAACCAAAGAGCUUACAAUGUGUAAAGUAUGUAAAUGAAGUUUAGAAAAAAUUAGAAGACAGCGCACAUACUGCUAGAAAUAUUGAGGGUAAGAUGAGAAGUUGAUACUUUAAUUUGCGCUUGAAAGAGGAUGAGGUUGAGCUUUUGAUAUCUUCAUUUAUUGAAUUCCAAAUAACAGGGCCAUGAAUUUGGGUAAUGAAUUUCCCAUGAUUAGUUCUUUUCUUAGGAACGUGAUUUCAGAAAACAUUUCACCCUGGAGCUUAUCCGAUCUGUCUGCUAUUUGGCCAAGGAACCUAUUGAGCACUGAAUUGAUUUAUUUAGGCAAAGUUUAUUGGCUAUAAUUUUAGGGUUAAAUGUAAACUGAAUUAAUUAUUGACUUGAUUACGAAGUGAUGCUUUGUCUUCCCGUUUUGCAUAUCUUAAUCAGUCCUUCGGUUUACUCCUCGCCUACUUGUUCAAAAUUUUACAGAACUUUCCGACAAAAUGAAGAGCCUGGUGUUAAUACUUAUUUUGUCCGUGAUGUUUCAAGCCAAAGCAAAGAAGGAUCCUGAUUACAUUUACAAAGCGGCUGCCCAGGUGAGGGUGUUUUUACUCAGACAUAUAUCUUUUUUUCUCUUUGGUGUGUGUUAUCGUCUUUCAUUAUACCAGCUGCAAUGUUACAUUCUAACCGUCUCAGCUCAACAAUUUUGUAUCGUAGCCGCCGAUAUAAUUUGACAGUUUUCUCUAUGGAAAUGACCAUUCAAAAUUUUAAACUGAAGUGCAAAAAUAAAAUACUGAUGAAGACUGAAAAAUUAUAUUCUGAAGAGGAAGUUUAUUAUAACACAUGAGUUUUUCUCUUUGUCCCUUUAAAUUAUUUGUAAUCAAUGUCGAUUGAAUUUGUGUACAUACGUGGAAGUGCACGAUUACGAGUACGUUCUGGAAUUUUUGCGCACGAGGGACGUUUUGAAAGUUGAGCGCACGAGCCGUGGGUUCGAGCAAUAUGGAAACCUUUGGGAACAUCUCGAGUGACUCAAGAACGAGAAGACUGCGAGCAUGGCAUAAUGUUUUUCUUUCCUCAAAUUUUCAUCUAGUCGCUUUCUAUGCCACCAUGUCCAUUCGAGGGAUUCACAUAGCAUUAAACACUUUUCAACGAUUUGGAAAAUAUAAUAUUCGAUAGUUUGUAUGCUAUUUUGUAAACACCCUUGAAAACAUCGAUAACGAAAGAUGGUCUCGAUAUGCUGUCUCACUUCCAGAAAGGUGGCAUUGAAGUAAUCUGAUAAAUAAUUUAUCCAAAAUUAACAGCUGGCAUUUUUGUAUUUGAUUCAAACUAUACGUGUAUAUGAAAUAUCCUAUAAGCGAAUGAUUUAUCAAAAAUCAUCCCCACAGAUUUGCAAGCCGUAUUUCCUCCAGUGCAAACAAAAUCCCGAUAGAGGGAUAAGCGACUGCUUUCAGGAUGUGUACAAAACCUGUAUUCCGUCGGUAAGUUAUUGCUACGUUCUGUAAACUUUUGGGGUUAAUUACUCCAAAUUAUUGCACAGACUUCAAUUUGACAUCCAUGAUGAGGGGAGUAAAACAAAUGCUUGGUCUGCAAACCUUGGAAUAUAUUGGCACCUUGAAAUCCGCAUAUAUUCUGUUUUCUACUUUUAGUGGAUAAAAAAACCAAAUGAAAGAAUAGAUAUAUAAGGAAUUCAUUUAGCUGAAUAAAUGGAAAACUGAGUUAGUAAGUUAUCUAAUGAACCACAAUUCUUAUUAUCUGUUAACUUAUAAAUUUGUUCUUCUUUAUGAAAUUAUUAAUUCUUUGACUUUAUACUUGCAUAAAUGAUUGCUAAAGCAGUAACUCACAAAUAUGAGUGACAGCCUACAAUUGCAUCUUGUUUGGGAAUGAGCAGCAACUUUGUCAACAACAUUUCCCAGUCAUUAGUUCUCGUCUAAGGGAGGAGCUCUGGAAUAUUUUCAUGUUCCACCACCCCCUUGCCCCUCAUCAUAGACAGAGACUUGUCAAUCAAUUUUCAUUAUUAUUUUCCAUCAUACGUUUUUGGCAACGACUGCCGUUCUGAAAACCGUGUGGUCCCACCAGAGUCCUCCAACCCCGGCCCUCCCCUCCCCAGUUGAUAGAGGAUGAAUGGGCCCCAGAGAAACAUCAUGAUAAUCUUAAAUUAUACAACCAUCAGGCAAAUCUCGCAAAAGAUCUCGGGGUAUUUACUUUUUCAGAGAGAUGCGUGACCCUUAACAAUCUUGUCUCUAUUUUAUAGUUCCGUGAGGAAUUUCAGGCCAUCGAGAAAUGUGUUGUUGACGCUGGAGAUAAUUUGGAGUCUGCGAUGACGUGCACUAAAGGAUUCACAGAAGCCUGAAAGGCUCUUUUUCUCUCAACCAAGGA